AUGUGUGAUAUGGAUGAGUAGUAUGUGUGUGGUGUGUGUGUAUGGUACGUAGGUGUGUAUGAUAUCAUGCUACACACGUACGUGCAGUAACACUACAGCAAUAGCACAAUUCAUUCGUAAAUCAUACUUUAACAUUCGUUCCAACGUUUGCUGUGAACGUUCUACGCUCUGUGUUUACUCCAGUAUUUGGUGAAAGAUGGGUGAGCCAUCAGGAUUGACUAAUAGUGAAGCCCGUGAACUUUGCAAAAUACCAGAUCCUGCAACAAAUGGAUAUAUCAUGCAGCAGACAAUGUAUCGCAUCAAAGAUCCAAGGAAAUCUUUACCUUUUUAUACUGAAAUACUCGGCAUGACUUUACUGCAAAAAUUUGACUUCCCAGAUAUGAAAUUUUCUCUGUAUUUUCUUGGGUAUGAAAAUCCAGAGGAUAUAUCAAGUGACAAGAAGAAAAAUAUUGAAUGGGUAUUUAGUAGAAGAGGAACUAUAGAGCUUACUCAUAAUUGGGGAACAGAAACAGAUCCAGAUGCAAAAUAUCACAAUGGAAAUUCAGAUCCCAGAGGAUUUGGUCAUAUUGGAAUAACAGUACCUGAUGUGGAGAAAGCUUGUGAAAGAUUUGAAAAGUUUAAUGUGGAAUUUGUGAAGAAACCAAAUGAUGGCAAAAUGAAGGGAAUCGCGUUUAUUAAAGAUCCUGAUGGUUACUGGAUCGAAAUCAUGAAUGGUAUCAGUGUUGCAAAUAUAGCAUUAGGUCAUUAAUAUGCCUUGCACUAGAACAAUAAAUGUUUAAGUGCAACCAGUUAUGUCAAAUAUAAGUUUACAUAACUUUAAUAACCAGGAAGAUUUUUACCAAAUUCAGUACAUAGACAUAAACCAAAACCACUGUGUAAGUUAAUAAGAAUGAAAUGAUAUGUAUUUAUAUACUCUAUAUUUUUUAGCGAUUGUACAUUUUCUUAUAUGGCAUUGUGUUAUAUGUACAGAAUAUGCAAUAUAAUUCUCAACGAAUAAAAUCAAAAUAUUUAUUUUUUGCA